AUGGUGACACGGGGUAGAGGUCAAGAUGUCGACGCCAAGAGCCCGAAGCACAUGCUCUCUCCCGCGCAGCCAAACCUUGGAAUGCGCAUGCUAGUAGUUACCAACGCAGGUGGAGACUCAGGCCGACGAACUGCAAUGCCAGUGUCUCGCUCGUCUGUCUAUGUCUUCUGUGAAUGGAGACGAUUUCCCCCACUGUUGACUAAACUGGUCUGGGCUGGUUCCGGCGGGGCCGCAUGUGCCCGCACCGCUUUCAUACCGCAGUGGACCCUGGAUGCUCCCGACCCGCCUCUUCAGCGACCACGAGGCCUGACCCCCUCGAAGCUGACUCCCCUCGAAGAACACAGGCCUCUCCCCAACGUCUACCCCUUCCUUUCUGGUGACACAGCAACUAUGGACUCUGCGUACGACCACAUUCAAGAAGAAAGCUACCCGCAAGAUCCGACCAAGCAGCAAUCGGCUGGCGGAGAAAGCACCCACCAAGAGACGACGAGCAACUUCAACGCCGAGUUGCAGGAUGCCUACAAAGCCAUCUCCAGCAGCCCAUGGGCCGCGCGUCUAGGGGGGUUUUUGGGCACUGUUAAGAAGCAGGGCGAGCAGUACUACGAUACGGCCAGCAAGCAAUAUGCACCCCUCACCAAGAACGCAACAGCAGGCGUCUCCAGCUUCAUCAGCCACGCGCGCAAUCUCUCUGCUCACGCCACCGAUGCCGCCACUGCCUCCAGCUCGACGGACAAGUCCACCGACAAGGCCAAGGAAGAGUUCGAGGUGCACCCUGACCGCCCCGAAUCGCUGCCUGCAGACAUUGUCAAAGAAGCAGAGAACAUCCUCUCGCGCUUCCGCUUCGAAGCCAAAAAGCGCCUCAAAGAUAUCGAAAAGGCCGAAGACGCAGCAGAUGAGGCCUUGCUCAAGUUUGGCAGCAACAUCAGCAACUUCCUCCGUGAUGCCGUCACCAUUGCACCACCCGCAUCAGGCUCAGAGGCCGAGAAGAACGGCGAUGUGCUGUUCGAGUCCAAGGACAGCAGCGGCAAGAAGGUCGUGCACGCGACACGCUUUGAUGCCCAGCUCCACGUCAUCCACUCGACCAUCGACUCCUUCCUCAAAGACCCCGCAAGUCCAGAGUGGGAGAAGUGGAAGGCGGCCUUCAAUAUCGAUGCCAAGACCGAUGCGAUUGCAAAGGAUCUCGAGAAACACCAGGAGCUGAGGAGCGCCAUGGAGAAGUGUGUGCCUGAGAAGGUCGAGUAUGGCGUGUUUUGGUGCAGAUAUUAUUUCCUCAGACAUGUCAUUGAGAGCGAGGAGACUCGGAGACGGGAGAUGCUCAAGGCAUCAGCACCCAUUGCCGAAGAAGAAGUAGCCUGGGACGAAGACUCGGAAGACGAAUCCGAAGACGAAGCUAAAUCUGCUGCUAAACCCAGCACCACAUCAGCUACCAAGCCCACCUCCCCCCCAACCACCAAAACCACUCCCACACCCGCCACAAAACCCCCCGCCAAAGACGAAACCUCGGACGAGUCCGAAGAAGAGACCUCCGAAGAAGAGGAGGAAGAAUCAGACGACGAUUCCGACGACUCCACCCCCUCCCGUCCCACCACCGCCACACCCCGCACCGCUGCCGCCGCCGCAAAACUCCCCACCACCUCUUCCUCGACAACACCUGCCGCCAACCUCGCUGCCUCGACAAAAACUCUCAAGCCUGAACAGCCACGCAGGUCAAAUGAUGAGAAGAGCGUGGCGGAUAGCGAUGCGAGCUAUGAUGUUGUCAGUGGCGCGACGAGUCGGGCGCCGGGGAGCCCGGCGGUGGAGAAGAAGAAGGUGGUGGAUGAGGAGAGUGAUGAGGAGGAUUGGGAGUAG